AUGUGGUCAGGAAAUCAUCCCAGAAAUCACCUAUGGCCCUACUUGACAGGCGUGACGAACAGAAAAGGAUGGUCAUGGAGUGCACCUAAUCCAAACCUGUACCUUCCCCUGCAACUGUUGCUUAGGGACUCGUCAUUGGAGGAAGAGGAUACGAUACCUCCAAAGACAGAGGGUAAUGCCAAUUACCCUGUACUCCAAAGGACACAAGGCGGUGAUAGUUUCUCUGUACCCCCAAGGUCAGAGAGUUGUAGCAGUUUCCCUUUACCACCAAGAACGCAGGAUAGUGGCAUUUACCCUGUACUCCCCCAAACACAAGGCAGUGUCAGUUACCGUAUACCCCCUAGGCAGCAUGGUAGUGCCAAUUACCCUCUAUCCCCAAGGAAUCAGGGUAAUGCCAGUUACCCUAUACCUCCAAGGACACAGGGUAGUGCCCGUUAUCCUGUACCACCAAGGAUGCAGGAUAGUGCCAGUUAUCCUGUACCACCAAGGAUACAGGAUAUUGCCAGUUAUCCUGUACCACCAAGUAUGCAGGGUAGUACCAGUUUCCCUGUGCCCCCAAGGAUGCAGGGUGGUGCCAGUUUCCCUGUACCCCCAAGGACACAGGGUAGUGCCAGUUUCCUGUACCCAAGGACCAGGGUAUGCAGUUUCCCUGUACCCCCAAGGACACAGGGUAGUGCCAGUUUUCCUGUAACCCCAAGGAUACAGGAUAGUCUCUAUUUCCCUGUAUCCCCAAGGACACAGGGAAGCAUCAGAUACCCUGUACCUCCAGGUUCCCAAAAUAGUGUCAGUUUUCCUGUACCACCAAGACCUCAAGACAGUAUCAGUUACCCAGUACCUCCAAGCCCCCUGGAUAGCGUGAACUACCCUGAACCUUCAAAGCCUCCAGAUAGUGUCAGUUACCCUUUACCGCAAAGACCAAAAGAUAGUAUCAGUUACACUAUACCUCCAAGAACAGAGAGUAAUACCAGCCAUCCUGUCAGUUCGCCAUACACAAUGCCUGAAAUGGUAAGUUAUGGCCACUGUUCCGGAUAUCGAACCAGAGGACGCAAUGUGCAUAAUUUGGUACCUAUUAAGAAAGAAGAGCCUACCCUUGACGAACAGUUUAAAGAAGAUGCAGCAGUUUUCAAGAAAGACUCACAGUAUUGUGAACAAACUAGCGAUGUAAAACCUCCCCUCAUACAGCAUUGUGACCCACCUACCGAUGUAAAAUCUCCUAUAAUCAAAACGGAAAACUUUCUCCAAGAAGACAUCCCGGUUAAGAAUGUAAAAAUUGAAACUGCUGAAGAUACUGCUAGUGAUGAUGUGCAUGAUUGCAGUUUUUCAGACCAGGCGAAUGUGAGAGCCUUCAUAAAGGAGGAGUUUGCAGAUAGAGGGGAAUUUAUACUUGAAGAUUCGUUCUUGAAGACCUCUAUUGGUGAAGCUGUCUGUGUCCAGAAUGUACAGCUCGAAGAAGACCUGAAACCCAAAGAUGUUGUUAUGAGACAAGAGGAAAUUAAAGUACAAACAGGUAGGCUUGAUCAGCUAUCAGAUGAAAAUCUUAAUCAGACUAAGCAUACAGGAGGUAAAAAUGGAGCAGUCAUACAACGUGAAUCAAAGAAGUGCAGAAUGCAGCGGUUAUUUGGCAAGACUGAUUCUCCGCCUAGACGUUCAAAAGUGUUUAGCACAAGAACUAAAAUAAUUAAGUGUAAAAGGUGUCGUCUAGGUCGCAAUGAUAUGAAAGACCUACCAAAGGCACGCCCUCUCAACCAAGAGAUAGCAACAUGUUCCUAUGUGAUGCUGGAUGAGCUGGUCGACGAAUGUCCUCUUGGCCAUCUCCUGGAUCCUAGUAUUGCUUCAAUCAAUUUGAAAUCUGGGCUUGUGACUGUUUACUGCUCCAAAUGUGAUGUUACCGUUUAUAUGAAAAAUUCCAUUAUUCCAAAAGUAAAAUGAAUCAAUUCUAGAAGUGUGAAUGUUUUCAAAUUUUAUGAGAUGUAAGGAUUUGCAUUUAGAAGUUUUACUUAUCUCGAUGUAAUGCCCUUCCUAUACUUUUGUACAAAAAACAAACUUCAUAGAAAUAUAUGAAAAAAUGUAUAUAUGUAAAUAUUGUGUUGUAAUUAAGACAGUUAUUCUUGAUUUUUUUUUUACAUUUAAAUUACACAUUAUAUAAAUUAUCGAUCAUACCGUGUUACAGAAAGCUUUUGAGGUUAAUAACUUAAUAAUCAUCAUUUUCAAUUUCACACGCCAAGAAGCAAAUUGAAUUGAUGGAUUGGAUUGCGAGUUGGCAAUUACUGUACAGAAGGCUUUGUUUAGAUUCUACAAAUUAUCUACUCUUCAUUGUUAAAAUACAUACCUUAUGUGUAUGUACGAUUGAAAUUACUAUGUAAAACUGUUGAUAGGUAAGUAUGGUGAGCAAAACUAGGAUAAUGCAUUUUCCAUGUAUAUCCAUGUAUCAUAUUUUGUAUAUCAAAACCUAUGGCAUUGUAUCACCUCAUCAUCAUGAAUGCUGCAUUGAAAUUGUAAGAGUUGUCAACUUUGUCAUCCUACAGAAAAUGAUACACAGCUAAGAAAGAAACAAUGAAAAAUUUCCUUUAUUCAUCUAGUGAGAAAGACUCGGAAGGAUGAGUGAUGCAGUAUUCAAAUGUGCAGUUAAUGAUAAAGAAAAUCCCUAAGAUAGUAGUAAUAAUGGGGUAGAAGUACUAGUUGCAAAAUUGAGGCGUAAUCAUCUUAGACGAAAACGAAUACAAAAGCUCUAUCACGUCAUUAAAUGCUUGAACUUUAAGCAUCCAAUUUUAUAUAAAAUUUUGUAGAGCUGAGAAUUGCCCACCAAACUCUUGCUCAUUCAUGCAGCUAACAAAGGCAUGUAGAACUGAAGAAAGCCAAGUAAUAACAAACUAUAAUCUUCAAGUCUGUAUGAUAAAGCAGUGUCUAUGGAAAACAAGUAAGGUUGUAUGUUGAUGGAUGGAGUUAUUGCAUAUGUAUAUGGUCUAAACAGCUGGAGCUUAAACCGGUUUACAAGAUGGUGUAACGUUGCUGCUAGUCAUGCAAAGUUGAAUAUAAACCCUAUGGGGAGGCAUUGUUGUAUUCCCACCCGUUUAGACUCUUUCGUGAAUGAACCAAUUAUUAUGCUACAUAAUACUUCACUCUUGUGAUCCUUAUCGUAUACCAUGGUUAUCCUAUUACACACAUCUCUUGCUCCAGUACAGCUUUGACAAGAUCUGUGUAGUACAACAAAGUCCUAUCACUGCUUCUUUAACAUAUUUUCUUUCUUAGCAUGGUUAGUAGAUCAGGCAGUGCAUGAUGGCUAGGUUUGUUGGGUAUAAUUCUCUUGUCCAUACUGGCCAUUACCUCAGUUAGUGGCAUGGGCCUUUUGAAGGUUUUCCGUGUUUUACCCACUUGUGACUUCUAGAGCAUUAACACACAUACACA